AUCGCUGCCAUUCGUAUGGGUCGGUUGCACGAAUGUUUUCCUCCAAAGUUAAAGGGGAAAAUCAGGAGCAAAACCACAAACACACAAGAAAAAAUUAGCCAACCCCCACUGGGUGGAUUCUCAAGGAAGUUUUCAUGAAAUUCACAUGCAUCUAUUUGCUACUCUAAAACAAUUGUUUGACUCAUGCUAAAAUGCGUUUUGAAUAAGAAUUUGAGGAUUUUUCUGCAAAACGUAACUCUACCGGACAAUGCCAGAGGACUGGAAGCUUGCUAACAUAACGCCGCUCUUCAAGAAAGGGUCUAAAUUUAAUGCAGGGAAUCAGAUCGAGCGACAAAAUGGAAAAGGAUAACCAAGAUCAAUAUGUAAUUCACACAGGUGGUUGCCACUGUGGAACAGUUCGCUUUGAAGCUCAAGCUGCUUCCAAGUUAAAAAUCUAUGUUUGCAACUGCAGCAUUUGCGUCAAGAAACAAAUCAAAGCCUUUGUCGUUCCUGAUGAAAGAUUUAAAAUUUUAAGUGGAAGGGAUAAUUUGACUCUGUACACUUUUAAUACAGGAGCGGCUAAACACUACUUCUGUAAAACAUGUGGAGUGCAAAGUUUUUAUAAGCCUCGAUCGAAUCCAAAUGGAAUAAGUGUAAUGUUGUUCUGCAUUGACUCUAAGACUAUAGAAGGAGUAGAAGAGAUGAACUUCGAUGGUCAAAAUUGGGAAGAAGCGAUAAAUACCAGUAAACCAGCAUGCAGUUGAAGAAGAAAUUUGUUUCUUAAAACUUUUCACUUUUGUAUUUUUCAACUUUUAUUAUGAAAAACCUUUUGAACUGAAGAUAAUCUUGCUGAAAUUUUCAG